AAGAACACCGAGCAGCUCAGGUCGCCAGGGGUCAAGGACGGCGUCUCGGCUGAGGACCUCAAGGCCAGGAAGGCCAAGGGGCCUGAGUACCCGGGCUAGGCCUGAGUGGUGUGAGUGGUGCGGCAAACACCACCACACCCACUGCUGCUUCGACUGGCGUGAGCGCAACAAGCUCGACAAGUACCACCCAGGCCUGACACAGCCCAACAAGAGUGGUGGGGGCAACAAGGGCGGCAACACCCAUACAGCCAGGCUGGCCGCCCACUCGGCGGAGCCAGGCCCAGUAGAGACACUCGCGCCGCCCGUCACCCCACUCCAUCCACCCGAACCGCCCCCCAGCAUCGUGCCGGAUGAGUCGGCUGUCUACUACCGGACGGAGCUCCACGCACGACACCGGGUUCGACUUCGAGAACGACCGGCUGGAGUUGCCUGAGGUGGCUGACGGGGACAACGCCGUGAGAUGGCUCGGCGGAGGCAGCCGUGAAGCCGUCAUCGACAGCGGCGCGUCGCUGCAUGUCGUGCCCGACGAGGAGUGCCUCAUCCAGGGCUCCAAGCGGCCCACGCCAGGACUACGCAUCAAGACGGCCAAGGAAGGACAGGAUCUCGACGUCGACUGCAGAGGGGAGGCCCUCCUCAUCGCACGCGACAAGAAUGGCACCAACCUGCUUAUCAAGCGCAGCCCCGUGUUUGUCGCCAAGCAGUGCCCAGUCACCCUCAUCUCUGAGCGGCAGCUGCAUACGCGUGGCGGCGGGGUCCACAAGGUCGCCGGUCAACUGAGUGUCGCCUACAUCUACUGGCAUGUGGAGGGCAUCGACGGUCUGCGGCAAGCGCGCGUCAUUCCUCUGAAGUGCGUGGCCAGUGGAUAUCGCCUGACAGUGCGGCCGUGGACAGAAGCCGACGACGAGAGGUCGAGGACGAUGGAGCCGACACUGGCGGUGGGCAAAGCCAUGCAGACGUCUCUGCCGAUGCUGUUAUCGAGUGACGGCCAUGCACACGAGGGUAGUGUGUGCUCAAGUGCAUCGAGUGACGCUGAUAAUGAUAGUGAUGGUGGAAGUGUUGAUGAGGCUGACGGUAAGAGCGACAAGCAGCUGCCUGAGAUUGUCAUGACGGAUGCCAACACACGGCGGAUGAUCGACAUCUACGACCUCCACACGUCGGCGGGCCACAUCGGCGUCUCUCGGCUCCCGGCUCUGUCACAGACCAUCCGUGGAUGCAAGCCCAUCACCAAGAUACCAUGGAAGCCCAGCUACCCGCCAUGCCACCAGGGCAAGGCCCAGCGGGUUCCCAUCCGCCAUCGCACUGGCCACAAGGACGAGAGGGCCAAGAAGCCGGCGGAGAAGUGGCAUGCAGACUGGGCGCAUAUGCGAGGGCACGUCGGUGCGUUCAGGUCGAUAGCGGUGCUCGCCCUGGUCUUCGUGUGUGCCUUCUCUGGCUUCGUCCUCUCAUACCCCGCCAACACCAAGACGGAGGUGGCCAAUCUGAUGCGGCACCACGACCGGCAGACACAGCCCCUGCAGAGGCACCAUGGCAAGACGGCGGCCAUCUGUAUCGAUCCCGGCAGCGAGCUGGCGGAGCCCAACGCGCCAUUCGGUCAGGUCCUCUAAAAGCUCCACAUCGCGGGGCCCAUCGUCACGGCUGCACGUCGCCAUGAAUAUCACGGGAAAGCGGAGAGGGCGAUCGGCAUCAUCGGCACAAUGGCGCGCACUGUCUUGGUGGCCAACGGACUGAACGCCACGCACCACGGCUGGUACGCCUGGAACUACGCCGUCAACACGCACAACAUGACCUCCAUGGUCAAGCGCGACGGCGUCACACACACAGCCCACGGGUGGAUGUUUGGCUGAGAGACCCACAGACACGACUUGC